AUGCGUAUGCCCGUGCUCCAGUCUUUACUAGGACGCUCAACGUCCGUGCUCAUAUUGUCCGAGUGUUUGUCGUCCACUCCAGAUGCUCACGCCACCGAGAAAGUGCAGUGGAAGACGGUUGUUGGAAUCGUGCUAGGCUUAAACUGUUUUUUUUCUGUACUAUUUUAUUACCGCUUCUGGGAACAGGAAGGAAGGGGGCUCCAUUGGUUCUUCCACAUUUUAAGUACGUCCUGCGAUUGCCGGGAUAACAAUUCACACCAUAAUCAGACGCUACCAGAACAGUCCCUUAACCGUCUCUCAACAUUUCUUCGUUUAUCCAGAGGGACAGAGACAGACAUAUCCCAGCCGUCCGCAACUCAAACGGGGUGUGGGUCUGCGCCCCAGAGCGUGGGGACGAGGGCUGAGUCGCAGAUUCCUCUGACUCCGGCGCCCUCAUACAACGAAAACCUUCCUCGCUAUUCUGUGGCCGAUCCUUAUCCUCGAGUUCCUCCGAACCCCGAAGAGGGAGCUUGA